AUAAAGAGAGCUUUGGUCGUGGCAAAAUUUGAUGAGUGGAUACCAGAAAGAGAAAUACUUGAGUUCAGAAACCGCCUCCUAUUCGUUAUUCGUCUCUUUCUAAGACCUUUCUUCCUAAAACUAAAUUAAUCGAUUGUGACCCUUAACCCAAUCUUUAUAAAUUAUUGAUUUUGCUUAAAUCAGUUGUUUUUGCUCAUCCUUCUUUUACUUCCUGUUUCAGACAGCUUUCUUGUAUUAAGCAGGUCUUGUUUUUAAGUUAGGACUGUUGCUAUGUCAGUUGCACCAAUUGAUAGCAUAGCUUCAUUGAGUAGUGAUCUCUUCUAUGACAUAUUACGACGACUUGACGGCUCCGCAUUAGCUAGUUUAGCUUGUACAUGUGCAGCAUUUUGUUCCAUCUCAAAAGAAGAGAGUUUAUGGGAAGAUGUAUGCGCAUCCGUGUGGCCUUCUACCAAUAGGGAGGAUGUCAAAAGUUUAAUCUCCUCGAUCGGUGGUUUUAGAAAAUUCUACGCCGAUUGUUUUCCUCUUAUCAUAAACAAGGAGGUCGGAGAGUAUCAGUGGAACAACUACCACGAGUAUCUUGAUGAUUUGACCGAAGCCGAAUACUACGGAGAUACAAAUGAAUUUGAAAGCAUCACCCCAUCAGAUUUUGUUUCCAUUGUAGAUAUCAGGUUUAAGGGGAAACCAAUCUGCUCCAAAGUUCUAUCUGGAAUUCCAAAUGCGGACGAUAACGCUGGUUGGUUCUACAACUGUCCUUUUCGUAUCGAUCUCCUCACUUACGCUGAUAGAAAUGAUAACAAUGACGGGGAGGGGGAGGGGGAGGUGACUCUUUCCGUAACCGAUGGUCUUCCACCAAUUACAUCAAUGGAAAGAGAAAGGAAAGACGGGAAACUAUGGCACGAGCUUCGUGACGGUCUUCUUCUUAGUUGGAUAUUAGUAAACAAGAAAAUAAAACAAGCUGCUAAUCUUGCUAGCUGGAGUCCUCUUGACGGUCAAAGACAUUGGCCGACGGAUAAAGACUUUGUUAUCCGAUUCGGAUCGGUUCUGCCCGCAAAAGACAUUCUUCCUUCUCAAGUAGUGCAGUGUAUCCUUGUUAUGAAGUUUAGAGUGGUUCACAUUGAAGAAGAAGGGUUUGAAACUAGUCUUAAGUUAACAGAACUUAGCAUGCAGUUGGAAGAUAUGGAAGGUUCCCAUGUUAAUGGAAAAAACAGUUUGCAUAUUCUUAAGGAAGCACUUAGUUGCAGAAGGAGCAAGAAUUAUAGUGAAGCAAUUGAAUCUUGUCAUAUGUAUUCAAAAGUGCAAAAUGAGUUGAAAGAGGAGAAGAUGAGAAGUGAAAGUAGGUUGGAUACGUUUUGUAUUUUAACUGGGAUUGCUGCUUUUAUGACAUUCUGGUACUAUGUUUUGUGAAAAAGUUGUUGGGUUUUGGAGACUCCUUUUUGUAAGAUAAAAUUCCUUAUAAAGUAGUAAUUAGUUGAUGAAGAUUUCGCUGGUUUGAGAUUUGAAAUUCUUAGUAUGAAACUUUUGUAAAUUAACUUUAUGUUAAUAAUGUUUUGUUUUUUUGAGUUUUAAA